AUUUUCAGGUUCGCGAAAAGAAGCCAUGGUUUUCACGUCACCGGAGUCACCGAAGCGCCAUGCCAACGGCUUCCUCGAGGGGGUAUCGGCUGUCAUGGCUCUGUUAGCUAGGCGGGCGAGCCGACUGAAGCAGAAGAUGAAGACUCCGGCGAGCGACGCCGACUGGGCGAUCGAGGUGAGGUCGUCGCCGAAGAAGUCGCCUCUGGCGAAGCCGAAGAAACUUCUGAGCAGCAUAAGCAACAAGGCGCUGCCGUUUGGUCACAACAAGAAGAAGCUGAAGGGAGGCAGGCAUGGACUAGAAUCCGGUGAGGAGGAGUGGGGAGACGGUGGUGUGUGGCAGAAGGCGAUUCUGAUGGGCGACAAAUGUCAACCGUUGGAUUUUUCCGGCGUAAUUUACUACGAUAGCAACGGAAAGCAGAUGAACGAGAUCCCUCUCAGGUCGCCACGGGCCAGUCCCUUGCCCGCUUAUCUCAGUCGGCCUCGGGAACAUAUGCCCUGACCAUGGGGUCCCCUACGCCCCACUCACCGACGCGUGCGGUUUAUCUCCAGUGGCAGCGGGGCAGCGAUCAGUCGAAGCAAUCUGAGCCAUCGGAGAAAAUCUACGGCCGAGCAAAAUUACGUGUCUUUUACUUUCUUAGCAGCCUGUACGGUGGGAAAGUCGAUCGCGACACGUGACAGGUAAGAGAUAUGUGGCUUGCGAAUCACCGUAGAUUUGUUCGACGGUCUGGAUCUCUUCUAAUAGAAUCACCGGAUAUCCCCCGCCACCGGAGACACUGCGCGCGUUUCACCCGCCAAUACUAGGAAGGAAAUUUCGCGCUGGAGUUUUACGGCACGUGGGAUCAUGUUCCCACGUGUCUCUGUUUUUUUUUUCUUUUGGGGUUUAAUUUUCGA